GCUAUAAUCUUGCAAAGUAUUGGAAAGGGUAUUAUUUAAUGUCAGGAUACUAUGUGAAAAAAGAUGUCAUUGAAGCAUUGAAAUUUUUUAAGGAGGCUGCAGAUGGAGGUGUUACCGAUGCACAACUUCGUUAUGCAUUUUUGUUAAUGGAGCAGCAAAAUUAUGACGUGAAGGUUGUAUUGGAUUAUUUGACAAGAGCGGCUAAUACAGGAAAUGCAACUGCUUUAUAUAAUCUGGGUGAUGUUUAUCUACAUGGAAAAUUAGGAGAACAAAAGGAUACGGAGAGAGGAAUGGACUUGAUUAAAUUAGCUGCUUUGAAGGGUCAACCAAGUGCAAAUGAGGAUUUGAAUAAAUUUG